AUGAUUGCUCUCCGGAACCCAAAGGGAAAAGUCAUUGCAUCGAGAAGGAGGAUGGAGAAAAUCAUCUACGACUUCUACUCUGAUCUCUUCGACAGCCAUGUCCACUUGCCUCCUCACCAUCUGAGGGAAGACGGACAAGUCAUUCCAGAGGUUCUCCUGUCCGAAAUACGACAUGUUAUCAUAGCCUUCCGCCAGUACUCAUCAACACCCCGGCUCUUUACACGUUAUCUGUCGGAAUGCAAGGUUCCUAAACAGUGGAAGAUCAGCAAGACCGUGUUGUUGUAUAAAAAGGGAGAUCCACAUGACAUUGGCAACUAUCGUCCAAUCUGCCUACUGUCCGUCAUCUACAAGCUCUUUACAAGAGUGAUCCUUAAUAGGAUUGAAAAAGUCUUGGAUGAAGGACAGCCAUGCGAGCAAGCAGGGUUUCGAAAAGGAUUCAGCACGAUUGACCACAUUCACACUGUUUCGAAACUCAUCGAGGUAUCACGAGAGUACAAGAUGCCGCUCUGUCUCACCUUCAUCGACUUAAAGAAGGCGUUCGACUCAGUUGAGACGGAAGCGGUCGUGGAAGCCUUGGAUAACCAAGGCGUCCCUACUCAGUACAUGAAGGUACUUCGAGAGUUGUACGUAAAUUCACGACCGGAAUUUUGCCAUUCUACAAUAACAUCAUCAUUGACGUGA